AUGACCUAUAUCUUGCCAUCAGUGGCCAUCUCCAAACUAAAAUUCAUAUUGGAAGAGAAAUCUGAAAAAAUGUCAGAAAAUCUAAUCUCCAGCAAGACUUCCUUGAAAGGUCCAAAAACCUCAGCAAAGAAACAGAAAGGUGAAAACAAAGCUAAGAAAUCUUCAAAAGGAAAACAAACACAGCUUGGUGAAAAGGAUGAAGUUGAUCUUUCUAUGGCUGGUAUAGGCCACCCAGAAAUCUUUCCUUUAGUUUUCACUACAAAGACCCAAGAAAUUUUUAAUUGCCGAGUUGAUGAAGAUGUCACAGAAGAAAAUUGUUUCAAACUUAUUAAAAAGGAAGACAUCAUUCAGGACCUGCAAACAAGAGCUGCAAUUUCUGAUUUCCAUCCUGUUAAAAAAGUUGUCCUAGAAUAUCCAGGGGAAGAACUUUUGGUAGUUUUUGAUGCAAAGUUCCAGUAUGGACAGAAUUUUUACCUUGUUGCUUCUGAGGAAGCCAAGGAAAACCUUCUGAAGCGUCCAGAAACUACUGAAGAAAAAGAAGAAGAAAAAGAAGAAGAAGAAAAUAGAGAGGCAACCCUGGAAGUCCAACUUUAUAAGCCUCCUGUCCACAAACCUUGGGUUUCUCUUGGCAGUGAAAAGGAAGUUGAAGAAGAAUCUGUUAAAGAGACUGCUACAAAGAUUAAGUAUAUGAUUUCUCGAGUACGCAGGAAGUUUGGUGCACCAAUUACAUUUACUGAUAAGAAUGCUUCACACGUGAAAGACAGUUACGUUGAAUGCACAUCCUAUCAAGACAAAACAUUCAGUAUUAAAAUGCUUGAAAAAGAUGUUGGUGUACAAAUGAUUCCAAAAAUAAGAGAAGCUAGUACUCAGACAAAAUGGACCUAUCCAAAAAAUGCAGCCACGCAGUAUUUUCCUAGACAGUUGUCAAAUGAAGAGAAAGAAGAGAGUCUGUCAUCUGAGAAGCUCAAAGAAUUUCUUACAUCAGUACAUUUAAGAAUGGAAAUUGCAUUGCAGCAAAAUGAAAUUAUGAACGCUUUUUUUGAUGACUGGAAGGCCCUAGCAGAAGAUGAAAGCAGUUCUGGUGGCAAGCCAGAUGUUUAUCUUAAAGCAUACCAAUCAUUCACAGAUCUGCGCUAUCUCAAGGACAGAACUAUUAGCUGUGUUUGCUGGCAUCCAACCAUUUAUGGGAUUAUAGCAGUGUCAGCAAGAAAGCAGCUUUCUUAUGAGGAGCAAGUUAACCUUUCUGAGAAAUCAUUGCUGCAGCAAUCAGUCAUACUUUUUUGGAGUAUUUUUGACCCUAUCCACCCUCAGUUAAUGUUGGAGUGUCCUGAAGAUGUUUACUGCUUUCAGUUCAGUCCAAGUGAUCCAAAUAUCAUUGUUGGCGGCUGCAUCAAUGGACAGGUUGCGCUGUGGGAUAUUUCUCAACAUGAAGAAAAGCUGCAAAAUGCUAAACCUGCUGCUGACGGAAUCAAGAUGACAGCUGUUAAUACGGUGAAUGCUUCUGUUCUACAUAUAUUGUAGUACAACUAUAUGUCUGGGCCAUCACUUAUGCAAGUCCAGCAGACUAGCACAGAGUCACCUCUAGUGAGAUACUGCACGGUCUCUUCCAUGCAGUAUAGUCAUAAAAAACCAGUAACAGAUAUACAUUGGCUGCCAGGUUAUUCUGAGGAAAACCAAAUGGGUGCUACGUUUGAAAACAGAGCUGAAGUUCGCGUGCAGCUUGUAACCUGCUCCCCUGAUUGCUCGAUAUUAUUUUGGGAUAUUCCAGCCACCAAACUUCCUGAACAACCUUCAUCUGAGAAAAUAGAAGAAGAGGGAAUUUUUAAUAUUCCCCCUGAUGUUCCAGAUACUCUUAAGCACCUAGAUCUCUGCUGGAAACCUCUCAUCAAGAUAAACCUGUACGAAAGUGAUAUCAACACAGAGCACGGUCCCGUCAGAAUUAGUUUAAGGGAACUGCAUUAUCAUUACAAAACCUCAGAGAAGGUGCCAUCUCUGAACACACUAGAAGUCCCUGUCAAAGACAGCCCACAUACAGACAUGAGUGCUCCUUCAAGCAAAAAUCUGAAAGCGCUAGAGAAUAUCUCCACCGGCUUUUUUGUUGGAACUGAAGAUGGAGAAAUUGUUUAUUCUGACUGGAAAAUGGAAAUUGAUAGUGACUCGGCAAAACCAAAAUACACCAUCCACACUGAAACUAUCAACACUCUCCAGAGAUCUCCAUUUUUUAAAGACAUCAUUCUAAGCAUCGGUGGCCGGAAUUUUGCCAUUUGGAAAGAAGGGGUUACAAACGGACCAAUGCUUCAGUCAAGCUGCUCUGCAGGAAGAUACACUGCAGGACAAUGGUCCUUAACAAGACCAGGAGUUUUCUUCGUUGGCAGAGAUGAUGGAAAUAUAGAUAUUUGGGACUUGCUGAAGAAAACUUAUGAGCCAUCUCAUUUCCAGAACAUCUCCGAAUCAAUGAUCACUUUCAUCAGCCCCUGUAUUGCCUCACCAAAGCAGCAUUUUUUAGCUGUUUCUGAUGAUCUUGGAGUACUGCAUGUUUUGGAAAUCUGUCAGGCUCUAAGUCAUGCUUCGAGGAAUGAGCAUGCCAACGUACUUGAUUAUUUUGAAAGAGAAGUCAAAUAUCUGAAGUACUGCGAACAAGAGUUUCAAGAGUAUCAAGAGUUUCAAGCCAAAACAGAAUUGAAAUGGAGGCACAGAGGGAGAAAACAGUAUGUUAUACUUGGAAUUAAGAAACCUUUCUUUGUUUCUUUGUGUCUUUAA